AUGAAGUCAGCUACUAUCCUCUCCCUCAUUCCCGCGGUCGCCGCCUUCUGCCACCAUGGAACCAGCCUUUUUAAGAAGGAUCAGCUUUUCAAAAGGGCUGAUGGUACUUUUGGAUUCGAUGGCCUGAAUGGCCCCCUGAAUUGGCACUCCAUCAGCUCCAACAACUCUGCUUGUGCUCUUGGUAGAAGCCAGUCUCCCAUCAAUGUUCAAGAGUCAAACACCAAGCAGAUUCAGGGCUCGACCAUCACUUUCAGCCCCGACCAGCAUCCCGAGGGUGGCGAACUCGAGAAUCUCUCCGGAUUCCUAGAGGUUCGCGCAAACGGUACCAUGAAGAAUGGCGGCAAGACCUACAGCCUGCGUCAAUUCCACUUCCACACCCCUAGUGAGCAUCGUAUCAACGGCGAGCACUUCCCCCUCGAAGUUCAUUUUGUUUGGGAGGCUGAAAUUGGAAAUGGCUCCUCUCUCGCUGUCGUUGGCUUCCCGAUUGAGGUUGCUGAGACUUCCGACCCUCUUUUGGCCGCCGUCUUCAAGAACGUUGACAAGGUCACCGAGUUCGGAUCACACGCUGAAACUGGACCUCUGGACUUCACCAGUCUGGCUGAGCAUAUCGCAAAGAACACCAUCUACCAAUACACAGGCUCUCUCACCACCCCUCCUUGCACUGAGUCUAUUGCCUGGAACGUUGUUGGCAGCCCGAUCCCCCUCGAUAUUGCGACCUACCUGAAGACGAAGAGCAUCAUGAAGUACAACGCUCGCUAUACCCAGAACAGCCCUGGUGAAAUGAACUUGUUGGAAAACGCAUAUGAGAGCCUCAAGAAGAUAAUCGAGAGUGAACAAGGUACGAACUAG